GGCCCCUUAAUGUUUAAUCCACAUUUUAUAAAACAUGAGUAUUUAUAUAUUUCGAAUUUUAAACAAUUUAUAGCUUCAGAAUUGGUAAAGCUGUAACCUUUAAGGACGGCGACAUGAAGGCCGACCUGGCGACCGAGUUGUCCGCGGAGGUCGAAUCCCUGAAACAAUUUGUGGCUCAGACUCGACAAAGAAUUCGUCGCAUUGCUCGGCGCUGGAAUAAUUAUCGAUCAGGAUAAAUUUAAUCCUAACCCGACUGGUGUCACCAGACUGAUAAACGUGCUCAACGACAUUUUGACCUUGCCCUUCGCCGACUUUUUGUCCGUCACUACGUCUGAGGUUUUUAAUUGGCGAUGAAGAUGAUGCUGAUGUGAAAGUGGAGGAAGAAAUGUGUCCUUCUCCAAGUCAAGAAGAUGAUGACGAUUUUGACCCUUGUGACCUAUCUUUCAAUCCAAACGAAGAAGAAGAUCUUAAUAGUUAUAUACCACCUGCCACGAGUGUUAAUAAAAAGGACCGUCAAGAUGAUGCUGAUGUGAAAGUGGAAGAAGAAUUGUGUCCUUCUCCUCCAAGUCAAGAAGAUGACGACGAUUUUGACCCCUUUGACCUAGCUUUCAGUCCGGACGAAGAAGAUGACCUUGAAUGUUGUAUACGACCUGUUCUAGAUUUAAAAUCCAUCCUAGCCAAGGAGACGCCAGGCUCGAGGGUUAAUAAUAAGAAUCAAGAAAAGAUCAUUCUUACCACGGGAAAUAAAUUACGACGCAAGAUAGAUCGUGAUCGCACUGGGAGAAAUGGCGAUAUUGACAAGAAUCUUGGGUCAGGUCAAGGUCACACUAAGUCAUUUGGUGAACGUGACUUUCGCCUCGUGCUGGACAGAUUAAGUAAGAAAGAUCUCGCCAAGUGGAAAGUUCCGUUGGAGAGAAAGCGCAAGGUGGCGAAAAGGAUACCUCAACAACGUUUGGACGACGAUUUUGACGAUAACCCGAACGAGCAGGAUGACGAGUACACCCUCCCAAGCUGUAAUUCUUCCUCUGAAGACAACCUAGAAUUUGCCCCCGCUCACAAACAAAUGCGUUUUCCCGUCUUCCCCAAAGGCAGACCAUCGAAUCGACACCUUGACGGACUCGACGAAUUCGCAGUUUUCGAUCCCGUCACCCACGCCAAGCGAUACCGUUGUCCCGAUUGUUCCAAAAUAAUCAGAGUUCCGACACAUUUCAAGGAACAUAGACUAAUUCACACGGGAGAGAAGCCUUGUGUCUGCGCCACCUGUGGGGCUGCAUUCCGAAGAAAGAGAGAACUCCUCGUCCACCUUGAACGUCUGCAUUCCACGGAGAAAAAGGAAUUUUUUUGUGACCAAUGUCCCAAGUCGUUCCCAGUCCGAUAUCUGUUGAUGACUCAUCGAAGGAUUCACCUAAUGGCGAAGAAGCCUAUAGUUUACGUCUUCUGCCCAAAGUGUCCGAAGCAGUUCAAGAACAGGAGAUACUUAAAUAGACACGUGGUUGCAGUUCAUGACCAGGUUUCAGAGUUUCGUUUACACGUAUUUACAUAAUCGUCAGAUAUAAUUAAUACCAAUUAAUCAUGUUUCUGCCAGGUGAGGAAAUUCAAGUGUACCCUGUGUGACAUGGCGUUCACGCGGGGGAGUGCUUUACGUAUUCAUGUGAAAAGUCACGACAAUCCGAACAGGAGGAAGGAGGGGUAUAAAGGGGAAAGUAAAAAGGGGGAUCGCCAGGCCAACCAGGUCGAGAAAAGUGAAAAGGAUGUCGUUCCCAAGGGAAAUGCUCAGAAACCUGCUGACGGUGCGGACCAUGCCGACGGCCAAUCUGUCCCCCCUAGGAAACGUAUACGUAAACCUGUCACCCCACAACAGAGACUACGAUAUUAUCAAAACAUUAUGAAACCCAGGCGGAACCUCCUUCCUCCCGUCGCCUGUCCCGAUUGCGGCCUCGUCUCCAAAAAUGCUCUUUCUCUUAAAUCCCAUCGAAAACUUUUUCACUCCUCCCAAAUCCCGGUACCCCGAAAA